AGAUCUAGCUCUGCACAUGUAUUAAUUUAAAAUAAGUCUACACGUACGUACACGUACACACAGAGCAAGCUAGCUAGACUAGACUCUGUGAAUUAAAAUCUAGGCAUGGCCACCUCAAAUCCUGACUUCUCUGAGCCUAUUCACUACAGUAAGCUGAGGAAAGGAUGGCAUGCCUCCCCUAAGGAGUAUGAUUACUGGGUACCAGAGGUUGACAUUGAAGGCUCCAUUCCCAGAGAUCUGGAAGGCACACUGUUUAGAAACGGACCAGGAUUGCUUGAAGUGUACGGCAGUGAACUGAAACAUCCGAUUGAUGGUGAUGGCAUGGUAGUCGCACUGUCAUUUGUGGACGGGAGGGUCCACCUACGCACUCGGUUCGUGGCCACCAAAGAGAGACUGGAGGAGCAGAAAGAAAGAAAGCUUCUCUAUCGGGGACAAAUGGGCACCAACCCUCACAGCGCCAUCAGAGACACAGCUGUACUCCUCAAGAGCUUCUUGACUCUCUCUUGGCCCACCUUGCGUUACCGCAACCCGUCCAACACCAAUGUAUUCUACUGGGGUGGAAAGGUUUUGACUGUGUAUGAGACCAAGUAUCCUCACUGUCUGGACCCUCACACACUGGAGACACUCGGAGUGGAAACACUGAAUGGAACACUCAAACUCAGAGCCUUGGCUGCACACUUCAGGCUGGACAUGAUCAACAAUCGAUUGGUCUGUUUCGGGUUAACUCCUGGAGUGGGGAGUCGCGAACCCUCUCUGGCCAUCUAUGAGUAUGAUGACAAGUGGAACCUUGUGCAGCAUCAGUUGCACCACAUUGAUGGUCUCAACUAUGCCCACGACUUUCUCCUUCUUCGAGAUUACUACGUGUUUCACAUGACACCAUUUGCUGAUAUGACCCUUACUGCUGCUCUGAAGGUGUUUACUGGGCUAAGCUCUCCCGGAGAGCUGAUGAAGUACCACUCUCACCUCCCAUCACGAUUUGUGGUCAUUCCCAGGCACAAGAAAGCUCCGUACCAGGAGGUCAAGCUACUCGACACUGAGCCUUUCCAUAUAUUCCAUUUUGGGAAUGCUCAACAAACUGAUUUGGACACAAUUUCCUUCAAUGCUGUAUGCUUGGGUCCAAAGUUCAACAUGAGUUUUGACAAGAAGAUAUGGCUGGGCAACUCAUCGGUUACCCCUGGCAACAUGUGCAAAUUCACCCUUCAUCUCGACAGAGACAAGUGCGAUCAAUCCCUGAAACCUUCUGACCCCGCUAACGUUGAAUUCCCCACCGUCCACCCAUACAGGCAUGGGUUGUCCACCUCAAGGUACUCGUACCUGAUGUCUAGUGACCGGGAGGGGUACAAGAUGCCCUACAGGGAUGUCGUCAAGCAUGACCUGAAGGGUGAGAGUCGCCAGGUGUGGUACUCUCACGGAUGCGUGGGAGAGCCUGUUUUCGUCCCUCGAUUGGGCUGGGCCUCCAUUAACCAAGGAGAUGAUGACGAUGGCUAUGUGCUGGUCAUGCUCUAUAUCCCUGACAAGCAUGUUAGUGAGUUUGCUGUCCUCGAUGCCAAGCAUGUGGAUCGAGGCCCUCUAGCUAGGAUCAAACUCAAGCACCAUAUUCCCUAUGGCUUUCAUGGAACUUUCACUCCUCACGUCUUUAUCAAAAAUGACAGUGUACCCAAGCCAGCUGCUAAGCUGUAGAAAAACUGAACUUUAUUGUUGUAAAUUACAGUACCAACAUGUUUGUAAGUUUUAUAUUAUGUCACACGUUUUUGUCAUUGAGGAUACCUUCAUUUUUUGAAAAUUUAA